GUAUAUUCUUUUUAUUACCCGCGUAAAAUCUACCAAACACAACUUGCGCGCAAUAACAUAUUUUAACGCGUAGUUUUUGUUUUGAAUUUUGUUUACAACCCAUAGAACUUAAGAGGAAUCAAGAGUACCAAUGUCGAUGUUUCAAGGUCAAGGGUUCUUGAUAAUCACAUCAGAGGGAUUCCAAGAUCCAGAACAAGUCAAUGAAAUCAAACAACUCCUCCAAAAUAAUGGUGCAGUGGUGGUUGAAAAGGAAGAAUACAACAAUAAUAAGAAUUAUUUAAUCAAUGAUGAAGAUGAAUCAACUGAUGCUGAAAAACUAGCCAUAAACCAUAUCAUCGCCGAAUCGAUCCAAUUCAUCGAAUAUAGUCUUGCCAUAAAGUCCAUGAUCCCCAUCACGACAUGUGAAUGGGUUCGUAAGACUAUUGAAGCUGGGAAACCUGUAAAUUACAAAAUCUAUAAUCCUGACCCAAAGUUCUUCUUUAAGGAUACUUUUGUGUGUGUGGCUGAUAACUUACCUAUUGGAGAUAAAGAAGCUAUAUAUGGUGGGAUUAAAGCAUUUGGAGGGAAUUAUUUAGAUGUGUUAACGAAAUAUACCACUCAUUUAAUUGCCAUUGAUCUUUCAAAUGAGAAAAGUAUCAUUGCUUCUAGUGCAAUACGAAACGAAGAGGAUAAUGAUGAAAAUGGUAUUGAUAUUAAGAUCGUCUUACCUCAUUGGAUAGAUCAUUGUAUUACGUUAGGAAGAAAAUUGGAUGAAAAACCAUACUUAUUACCUAAUCCACCUAUUUUAAAUGAAAGUAAUAGCACUAUUUCCAGAGAUGCGAAAACAUUAAUUCCUAUUAAAGAAUUAGCAGAAAGUCAAGAUGUGAUUUCUAAUUUCUUUAAUAAAAAGGUGUUUUACAUAUCCCAAGAUUAUAAUCUUUCAGAAAGAUUAACCAAUUCCCUCGUCACUUUAAUUGAAAGACAAGGAGGUGAAGUAUCUAAAACGUUUGUGGUAGAUUCUGUCGAUGUAUAUAUCGGUAAGUAUCGUACUGGUGAACAUUACAUUUCUAGUAGCAAAUCGAACAGAAUCGUGGUGGGUAAUCUUCAAUGGUUAUAUCACGUUAUAGUCACCAAUAAAUGGGUCCUCCCCUUAAACUCAAGCUUAUUACAUUAUCCUGUUCCCAAUGAACCACUUGAAAGCUUUAAGAAUCUUCGAAUCUCUAUCACUAAUUAUAGUGGUGAUUCAAGAGCAUACUUGGUUAAGCUUAUAUCUACUUUGGGUGGUACUUUCACCAAGACAUUAGCAAAAGACAACCAUUAUUUGAUAUCGGCAAAGGAUGAAGGUAAGAAGCAUCUCACUGCUAAAGAGAAAUGGAUCGGAGAAGAUGGUAACCCAAAGAUAAAGAUCGUUAAUCAUUUAUGGUUAGAGGAAUGUUUUGCACAAUGGAAACUUGUUGAUUAUGAAGUACAGAAAUAUCAAUAUUUCGGUAAUGGUAAAAACAUAAUGGAAUCUUUAAUUGAUAGAACUAAGUUAGAUGAAAAUGUGUUAAAGAAAUGGAAUGGUGAAGAUGAAGAAGUUAAUAGUCAAAAUGUUGAUGAUAGUAUGAGUGAAGAUGAAGCUACUCAAAGUAAAGUGAAUUUCACCACCGUUAAUGGAAGAGGUGAAGAUAAAGAAGAAGAAAGCGAAGAAGCAAAAUAUGCUGACGAUAAAGACAAGGAAAACCAUUCUUUCAGUCCUAUUGUCAAUCAUGAAGGUAGAUUAGGUGGUAGAGCUGCUGCUAAAAGAGCGGCAUUGAAAUUACAUAAUACCAUGACUGAUUUAAAUAACUAUCAAGCUAUGGCCAAGAGUUCAAGAAAGAUGAAAACAUUUAUGGAUGAAUUGGAUGGAUCGACAACUCCUUCAAAGAAGUCAAAGGCUGACUCAGAAAUUGAAAAUACACCUUCUAAGAAAGCAAAGAUUAGCAGUCAAUCCAGUGUAUCUGAAGAACCUAAGGCCAAAUCACAAUUUUCAAUGGAUACCGUUGCCAUUAUGACUGGUAGUGAAAAAGAAAUCACUUUAACUAAGAGUAAUAUCGCUUUGUUAGCAGAAGUGGGUAUACAAGUGUUAUCAGAUUUCCCUGAUUCAUACUCUGUCAAUACAUUAAUUGCUCCUAAGAUAUUGAGAACUGAAAAAUUCUUAAGAAGUUUAAGUAAAGUUGAUAGAAUCAUUCACCCAAAAUAUUUGAUUGAAGUAAUUAAGAAGUUAGAAGAUUCAGAACCAGAAAAUUAUCCCAGUGUGUUUGAUGAACUCAACUUGGACGAUUACGAGUUAGAUAAAUUCAUAUCGAUUAAUGAAUUGAAUAGUGAAUUAGGCUAUCCCGAAUCAUACAAGAAGAAUGGGUUUACUACUUUAAUCAAGAGUGACGUUAGCGUUUUCUCAGGGUUAAAUAUCAACUUAUCAUCAAGUUUGAAUGGUGGAGUUGAUGUUAUUUCCCGUAUCUUACAGGAUCAUGGCAUGACUGAAUUCAGCCCUAUAAAGAAUAAUUUAUCAUUGCCAGCGUUAAAGAAAUCAAUUAUAGAAACUGAAAUUGAUGGCUCAUCAUGUAAUCUUUUGAUCGCUCAUAAAUCUAAAGAUGUUAAACUAAUUUCCAAUUUCAAGAAAUUGAACGAAUCGAAUCUGAUAGUAGUUGAAUGGGAUUGGUGUGUGAAAUCGAUUUUCAAAGCUAAAUUAGAACCAUUCGAUAAUUACAGAUUAUAAAUUGAAAAAAUCACAACUUUUUUAAUUUUAUUCAAGUAUAUUUUUAAAAGUAUAGGAACAGUGUAUGAAAUAAAUGACGAAUUAAACAAACAAAAAGGAUAAAAAUACUUGUUGAAAAAAGUAUUUAAUAAUAUAUAGUAAUAUAUAA